UCGGUGAAAUAACCGGCGAAAAAUCGGAGCGAAAAAAAAUCGGAAAAAUCGGCCGCUUCGCGUUAACGGCAAUUAAAUAUAAAGGUAAAAAGAGCGCGCCAGGCGUUGGAGCGGCCACGCGGGAUCACGAUUUCCGGCGAGUUUCCAGAAGCGCGGAAUGGCGUUGAGAUCGAUUUGCCGGUUGUCAAUUGAUUCGACCUUCGGGCGGUCGAGCCAUUUCGCAGCCACCGCCCGCCCGAGUAGACCGUCCUUCGUCACGCUCGCACGAGAGUUCGCCUCAGCUGCAAAAAACAUGGCACUGCCACGCGUUUUCUUCGAUAUGACCGCGGACGACAAGCCCGUCGGUCGCAUCGUGAUGGAGUUGAGGAAAGAUGUUGUUCCCAAGACGGCGGAAAACUUCCGUGCCCUGUGCACCGGAGAAAAGGGUUUCGGUUACAAGGGUAGCAGCUUCCACAGGGUGAUUCCCAAUUUUAUGUGCCAGGGUGGUGAUUUUACCAACCACAACGGUACCGGUGGCAAAUCUAUUUAUGGGACCAGGUUUGAAGAUGAAAACUUCAAGCUGACUCAUACCGAGCCUGGCAUUCUCUCUAUGGCCAAUGCCGGACCCAACACCAACGGCAGCCAGUUCUUUAUCACGAGUGCCAAAACCAGUUGGCUCGAUGGAAAACACGUUGUAUUUGGCAAGGUUGUUGAAGGAAUGGAUGUAGUUAGAAAGUUGGAAGCGAUGGGUUCUCAGAGCGGCAAGACUUCCAAAAAGAUCAUAAUAGCGAACUGUGGAGAGUUGUAGAUCGAUUAGACACCAUAAUAACUUGCAUUUUUUAUUUAGCUGUUGCAUAACUACUUGCUGUCUUUAUUGCCCUUCAUUACCAUUGGUCACACAAUUCUCUUGUCUCGAAGCUGACAAUGCGUUUUUUCCGAUUGCGUACGGAGACGAAAAAUUUGGACACGACGAAGGCGACAAAAAAAAAAAAAAAACAAAGUAAUAAAACCUGCAUUGAUACUCUUGUUUCCUUAAGACGAGAUGUGAA